UGACAUUGACAUUUAUAAUGGUAUCAAAAUUUCUGUAAUUUUGUUUGUUUAUUUCUCCGAUUAUUCUAGAAAAUACAUUAAUUACGGGUUUAACUAUCGGUUUAGUGAGUAAUACGGACAUCUUAUCAUUUUAAAUUGUCUAUAUAAUUAUUUACAGUCAUGAUUACUACCAAGCUGGAACUUUUGGUAGAUUUUGGUGAUAAACCUGAACAAGCCCUAGUGAACAAAACUGUGCAGGCACUGAAAGACAAAGAAGGUGUUAAAGAGGCGGUGUACAAAGAUGGCGCCAUCAUGGUGGAGAGCAGCCUGCCCACGGCCGUGGUGGUGGACAUUGCUAGUAAGGUGUCGGGAAGACGGACUGUGCUACAGGGGUUCGGAGACCCAUCCCGGUCUGCAGUAGCCAUGAUAUCCAGCCAGGGUGCUGCACCAAACAUCAUGGGAGUCAUCAGGUUCACAGAGACAGCCCACGGCAUGCUGGCGGACGGCACCGUGGCCGGGCUCAGCGGCACCCACGGACUGCACGUCAGGGAGACAGGCGACCUGAGCCAGGGUUGCUCAUCUCUAGGCCCCCACUACAACCCGCACGGCGCCCCCCACGGGCCCCCCGCGGCCCCGGCGGCGGCGCGCCACGCGGGGGACCUCGGGAACAUUACAGCUGAUGAAACAGGCACCGCCAGGUUCACUGUUGUGGAUAGUUUGUUGAAGAUAUCAGACAUAAUCGGUCGAUCCAUAGCAGUGACGGAGCGCCCUGAUGACUUCGGAACAGGAGACUCUGCCAGUUCCAAGAUUGACGGGAACAGUGGGCCCGCAAUAGCCUGCGGCAUAAUCGCGCGCUCCGCCGGCAUAUUCCAAAACCCCAAGCGAGUCUGCGCGUGCGACGGCGUGGUCGUGUGGGACGAGCGGGACCGACCAUUAGCGGGACAGGGACGGAGAGAUAAGGCUAAACCCUGCUGUCAGAAAGAGAAGGCGUGCUGUGGGGAUAGUAAGGGAGGGAGUAAGAUUUAAUGUGAUCUUUUUUUUAAAGUGAAAGGGAGACAGUGGGAAGGACAGUAGAAGUGGCAGUAAGAUUUAAUGUGAUCAUUUUUUUGUGUAAAAUUCAUUUUUGGUGUGAUCAAGUUAAACCCUGCUGUCAGAAAGAGAAGGCGUGCUGCGUCAGUGGGAAGGAUAGUAGAAGUGGCAGUAAGAUUUAAUGUGAUCAUUUUUUUGUGUAGAAUUCGUUUUUGGGGUUAUAGUGAUAUUGUAAAGUGAAAGAAGAGAUCUAGAUCUAGCAGAUCUAAUGUGAACCCACCAACCCGCAGUGGACCAGCGUGGUGGGAAAUGGUCCAAGCUUAGGAAGGCAGUUUAGACCUUG